AUUAAAGCCGCGCUUUAUAUCGACUUGCGCUACGUCUCGAGUAGUGGUUACCGUGUUAAAAAGACCGAAAUAUUAAUCACGACGUUGAAAACGAAUUAUUUUUGAAAUAUCUAUCUUACAGAAUUAUUUCUAUAUACACCUCGUGAAUUUCCCUGGUUCCCUCAUUGUCUUAUAUGACACUGUAUAAUGACUUGUUUAAAAUCUUCUAUUAAAGAGAUCAUUCAAAAAAUUUUAAUUAGUUCCGGUGAAUCAUUUCAUACAUCUGAUCUUGUAUUAGAAUUAAUUUAUGAUUAUAUACGUAUAAAUGCUAAUCAAAUGUUAUUCUAUUUAUCCACAACUAAAUUACCAGAAUUAUAUGAUUUAUUAAAUUUAUGCAAAUAUCAACCUAUUCGUUUAAUUAGAAUUGUAAAAUAUUUUCGUACAAUAUGUACUAGUUCAUUUAUUAAAACAAAUGGAUUAAGUAUAAUGAAUGAAAAACAAUUAUCAUCAUUUAUCAAUGAUGAUGAUGAUGACGACGGUCGUGACGACGACGACGACGACGACGACGACGGUGAUGAUGAUGAUGAUGAUGAUAAUAUAAGAAAACCAAAUCAUAUAUUACCUAAUUCUAAAUGUUUCAAUUCUUUUCUCCCUCAUAACAAUUCAAAUUGGAUACGUUUAAAUAAAUUAUUUCAUCAAUUAUCUAUCCCUUUACCAACUAUUCAUCAUCAUCAUCAUGAUGAUCAUAAGGAUAAUUCAUUUUGGCAAUUGUAUCCAUUGAAAUUCAAACAAAUUUAUUAUCAAUUAUAUAAAGGUAAAUUAUUACGUUUAACAAGAAUUGAUUUAAUGACAUGUAAUGAAUCUAUUGAGAAAUUUUUAUCAUUUCAUCGUUUAAGACAAUCAGCUAGUUUAUUAAAUUUAACUAAAUCAUGUAAUUUAAAAAAAUUUCUUUAUUGGUUUUACUAUUGUACAUUGAAUAAUAAUAAUCAUAAUCAUAAUCAUGAUGAAAAUAAAAUUACAUUGAAAACUAUCAAUGAACAAUAUUUGAAAAUGUUACAUAAUAGUAUGACAUGUUCUACUACUACUACUACGACGACGACGAUGACGACGACCUCCUCCUUCUCCUCUUCAUUGUCAUCAUCUUCUUUGACCAUCGAUUCGUCAGUAUCAUCUAGGUCAUCCUCAUCAUCAUCAUCACCUCAUGAAGGUUUACAUAUACUUGCUUAUUUAUUAAAUGGUGAUAUCUUAGAUAUAAUUGAUAUGAUUUUAUUUAAUCGACAAAAAUUAAAUAUUAAUUUAACAUCACCUAUUACACCAAUUGAAAUUAAACAAGUUUUACAUAUGUUUACUAAUAUAUUGUAUCCAAGACAAUCAUCAUCAUCAUGAAUAGAUUGAUUGUAGAUAGUUCUCUUACAUGAAAUUCUGUUUUCCAUCUAGAUCUAUGUGAUAGAUAAUUUAGAUCAAGUUUUGUUCUUUGAAAUUAAAAUAGUUUACUACUAUAGAUAAGAAUAUUCAUCAUAUUUCCUGAACACACUAUCCCCCCUAUCAUCUCACUGAUAGGUUAGAUAUAUCAUAUGCAUUUCAUACUUUUUUUUGCAUUUUUAUAUUAGUUCUUGUUCCUUUCCUUGUAUCUAAGUUACUAUUAUUAUUAUUAUUGGAAUAUUAUUCACUGUUGAUUAUUCAUAAUAAUGAAUAAUUACUUUGAACAUAUAGUUGGCUUUGGAUUUAGUCCGAUUUCAAUGUGAUCUGUUGUUGUGUUGUUGUUGGGUUUUUUUUAUACUGAGAUUAUCCAUCGGGGAACAUUGUAGCGAAUUUAUGACUGCUGUGUCAAUGGUUUGACAAUAUUACAUCUGGUGUUCGAAUAAGUUAAAUGAACUUUAUAAAAUAUAAAUUGUAAAUUAGAUACUUGGCUUAUCAGUAACCAGGUUAUGCAUUCAAAUAGUGGUGGUUGAGGGAUUAAAGCAUUCUACUUGCAAUCGUUCAAUUGUAGGUUCAAACAAUCAUUCGUGUAGCCCUCAAAUGCCCUGGUAAGGCCGGAAGUGGGACGAGUUAGCUCUCCCUCUCGAAAUGCUC